GUUAAUAGAAAAAAAGGAUUUUAAUAGAUAAAAAAAGGAAAAAAAAAGAGGCUAACUGUAGAUUUAUUAAAUAAAUGUCAAUAUAGGAUUUAUUUUCCUUUUUUUCCGGUUCAAAAAUACCUAUUUUUGAUGAAUUUUCUUAAAGAAGCAAAGUUUCAACUUUCUCAAAUUAAUAAAUUGAAUGGACAUUUAAAUGCCUUUAUUAAUUUGAAUAAAAAAAGUUACAUUUUUGAAAAACUUAAUGAGUCUUAUAAGCGUUAUUCAGAAGGUUUUUUUUUCUGUCUUUUUAUAUUAUAUUCAACAUAUUUUAUAAAGGACGACUUCUUUCUCCUUUAGAUGGUAGAUUAGUUGCUAUUAAAGACAAUAUUUGUACUAGAGAUUUAUAUACUACAUGUUCUUCAUAUAUAUUGAAGGACUAUAUUUCCCCAUAUGAAGCGACAGUUAUAACAAAAUUAAAAGAAGCAGGGGCAAUUAUUGCAGGCAAAACAAAUAUGGAUGAAUUCGGGAUAGGAUUUUCUACUACUAAUCUACUUUUUGGUUCAACAUUAAAUCCAAUAGAUUUAAAAGUUCCACGGUCUUCUGGUGGCAGUUCUGGAGGAAGUGCAGCAGCUGUUUCUGCUGAUAUGUGUUAUAUUUCUUUAGGGACAGACACUGGUGGUUCUGUUAGGCAUCCAGCAUCAUAUUGCAAUUGUAUUGGAUUUAAACCAUCAUAUGGUCUUAUAUCAAGGUGGGGUGUGGUGGCCUAUUCAAAUUCAUUAGAUACAGUAGGCAUUUUUGGUAAAACUAUUGAAAGAAUAAGAGAAACAUUUAAUAUUUUGAAUGUUUACGAUCCAAAAGAUCCUACAAGUUUGCCUAUUAAUGAAAGGUUAAAGAUAAAACAGUUUAAUAAAAAUAAACGAAUAACUAUUGGAAUACCAUUGGACUUUAAUAUUUCAGAAAUUUCUCAAAAUUUAAGGGAUAUAUGGAAAAAAGCUAUUAAAUAUUUAGAAUUUAAAGGAUUCAAUACGACAACUGUAAGAUUGCCAAAUAUAAAAUAUUCGCCUAUGGUUUAUAAUAUUAUUACAUCUGUAGAGGCAUCAUCAAAUCUUGCAAAGUAUAAUGGACUGGUUUAUGGACAUUCAGCCAAUACAGAUAUAAAUGAAAAUAUAUUUCAAAAAACAAGGGAUGAGGGAUUUGGAGACAAAGUUAAACAAAAAAUUUUAAUAGGAACAUAUUUUUCAAUACAUAACAAUUACUUCGAAAGAGCUCAAAAAAUUCGUCGGCUCAUACAAAAUGAUUUUAACAAUGUUUUCAAUUCUUUUAAAAAAUAUUCAAAAACUACACAAGAAAAUAAGGUGGAUAUAUUAAUAACUCCAUCAACAAUUGGUUCGGCGCCACUCAUUGAAAAUGUAGUUGAAGAAAUAUCUUUAUUACAUUUAUAUCUGUCUGAUUUCUUUACUAUUUCAGCAAAUUUAUCAGGUAUACCUGCAAUAAGUAUACCAUUUUCCUAUGAUCAAGACGGAUUACCUAUAGGCAUACAAUUAAUGGCCCAAUAUGGCUGCGAUAAUUUAUUACUUGAUGUAGCAGAAAUAUUGGAACAGAAAUCUUUAUAAUGGAUUAAAAUUAUUAAAUAGGCUUAAUUAAAAACCAAAACUUGUUUUCUUUCUUUAUUUUCU